AGAGCGCACUUCAUUCACGCAACACCUUUCAUCUUGAGGGAGUCUAUGCGCGGAUUAGCCUACUAUUCAUCUAAAAGCGGUGACUUGGAGAUAGAAGACGUCCCCAAGCAUAAAACCACAGUAAGGAAAAGAGUGAGUGUUGUGUUGAGUGUUGUGAUAAACGGUGAUGAAUAACGACAGCUUUGGCCCAAUAUUAAAGAGUCUUGUGCGCUUGUUACUGAAAUGUGCUGAAUACAGAAGGGGAAGCGCGAUGCGUUAACGUAACAGGUGGCACUUUAUGGUUACAAUGUUUUUUUUUAGCAUUUGUGUCAAUGUCAGGUUUAUAGUAACGAGUUAGCAGCUAACUACAUGCCGACGUGGAGGAAUGCGCUUUUUGAAAACAUGAAGCGCUUAACUUCCCAAAGGAAAACCCACAUCGAGAAAGAAAAGGAAGCCGCUAUUCAUGAACUUUUUAACGUGAGCAAAGUGACUUUUUAAAUACCAAAACGGAUCGAGUGGAGAGAAAUUUCAAUUAAUGGACAUCAGGAUGUUUUCUGCUCAGGGUGGUUUGAAUUACACUUCAUCCUUCAACAUGAGCGAUGACCGGGAGCUGGGAGACGCGCCGGCGGGCACGGGGAGGCUCUCCCCGGCGGGCUUCGUGGUGCUGUCCGUGGUGCUGGGCUUCAUCAUGACUUUUGGCUUCCUCAACAACUUCAUUGUGCUGCUUUUGUUUUGCAAAUUCAAGAAGCUGAGAACACCAGUGAACAUGCUGUUGUUGAACAUCAGUGUCAGUGACAUGCUGGUGUGUUUGUUCGGCACCACCCUCAGUUUCGCCUCCAGUAUUCGGAGGAAGUGGCUGCUGGGACGCAGCGGCUGCUGCUGGUACGGCUUCAUCAACUCCUGCUUUGGUAUUGUAUCGCUGAUCUCUCUGGUGAUCCUCUCCUAUGACCGCUAUAGCACUCUGACUAAAUACAACAAGCAUGGGCCAGGCUAUCGCAAGCCUCUGCUGGCUGUUGGCGGCUCUUGGCUGUACUCUUUUUUCUGGACAGUGCCCCCUCUGUUGGGCUGGAGCAGCUAUGACAUAGAAGGGGCUGGAACCAGCUGCUCUGUGUCCUGGAAAGUUCAGACGGUCCAGUCGCACGCUUACAUCAUCUGCCUCUUUAUAUUCUGCCUGGGUCUACCCAUCCUGGUGAUGAUCUACUGCUAUAGCAGACUGUUAUGGGCAGUUAAACAGGUGGGUAAGAUAAGAAAGACGGCCUCACGGAGGAGAGAGUACCACAUACUGUUUAUGGUUUUGACCACAGCGGCCUGCUACAUGUUGUGCUGGAUGCCUUAUGGUGUUGUGGCCCUGAUGGCAACAUUUGGCCCUCCCAAUAUCAUUACUCCUGUGGCCAGCGUGGUGCCCUCACUACUGGCCAAGAGCAGCACUGUCAUCAACCCUCUCAUCUAUAUAUUCAUGAACAAACAGUUCUACAGGUGUUUACUGAUUCUGUUCCAAUGUGAUCACUGGUCAGCAGAGAACAGCAACAUCUCAAUGCCCUCCAAGACCACAGUGGUCCAGUUGAAGCGCAGAGUCUAUAGCAACACGGUGGCCUGCACCGCGCACAUCUCCACUGAUGCUCUCAACCAGUGUGGCAGCACCUCGGCCACCAAGCACACAAACCCCCCCGAGGUCACAACCUGAGCCUGAAUAUUCUCAACGAUGGAGCUCGACAGCCACACUUACGUGAACUGCCGUGGAUGUGAACUAAAGCAUGAUGCAAUAAGAAGAAAAAAAAGAACUUUAUACUCUAUGCAGACACCUGAAUAUAACACCUACAGCAUUGUUCGUGAUUGUAGGACAUCUCAUUCCUAAACCAAGAACACGGUAUGCUGCUAUAACAGCCUCCAGUUUUCCGGGGAAGCUUUCCACAAGAUUUUGCGCCAAUUUAGCCACAAUGUAAAGGUCAGGCACUGAUGGUGGGGGAUUCGGUCAAAGAAAAGAUGAAGGGUUUAGGUCAGGGCUCUCUGCAGCAAAUUUGGAAAACCAUUUCUUAAUGGUUCUUGCUUUGUGCACAGGGGAAUUGUAAUGUUGAAACAGUUAAUGUUGUUAAUGUUAUUCAUGUGUUAUAGAUUUGGGAUUUCCCUUAAUUGGAACUAAAGACAAAAACAAUAU